AGGCUUGAGGCCUUAAUUAAUAAGCCCACAAUUUUAUAGCGUUGGAUUGAGUCAGCCCAAUUGGUAGCAACUGACUGCCUCAUAAGUUAACACACUUUGCCAUGCAUCCCUCCCUCCCAAAUAACCGUUUGCCCUCUCUCUCUCUCUCUCUCCGUGUUUUUCUUUCUUCUCUGGAAUCUGUAGAAUCAAGCAAACUGCAAACACGCCUUCAAUUUGAUGGAGAUAAGGACAUUGAAAGUUAGCAAUGUCUCCCUAGCUGCAACGGAACAUGAUUUAAAGGAUUUCUUUUCCUUCUCCGGUGAAGUUGAAUACAUUGAAAUUCAAGGCGACAACGAGAGGUCUCAGGUUGCAUAUGUUACCUUCAAGGAUUUCAAGGGGGCAGAAACUUCAGUGCUUCUUUCGGGAGCAACAAUUGUCAAUCAGUCCGUUACCAUAGAUCUGGCUCCAGAUUACAAGCUUCCAGCUGCUGUGGCUUCAGCACUUCCGACUGCAACGGAAAAUGUAAGUCCUGGUGGUGUGCAAUCUGCUGUACACAAUGCAGAGGAUGUCGUGAGCAGCAUGCUCGCCAAAGGAUUCAUUUUGGGAAAAGAUGCGAUCAACAAGGCAAAGGCCUUUGAUGAGAAACACCAGCUUAGUUCCACUGCGACGGCCACAGUUUCUGCUUUGGACCAAAAGAUUGGUUUCACUGACAAACUUAAUGCUGGCACAAGCAUGGUAAAUGAUAAGGUGAAGCAAAUGGAUGAAAGGUUUCAGGUUUCUGAGAAGACCAAGGUUGUGUUUUCAGCUGCAGAGCAAACGGUCAGUAGUGCUGGAUCUGCAAUCAUGAAGAAUCAUUACAUAUUAACUGGGACAUCGUGGGUAACCGGUGCUUUUAAUAGGGCUGCCAAGGCAGCAACUGAAGUGAGCCAAAAGACAAUUGAUAAGGUUUCAGCUCAGGAAGAGGGUGGAAGGAAAGUGGAAGGAAGUGGUCCGGUCCAUUAGUGAGCCAAUCCUCCGACAUCUGCCAUGCUAGCUACUAAAAAGCAACCUUCCCAGCCUAGCACAGAAUCAGGGGUUCAUCGUCUCAUUUGCGUAAGCUUUGAAGUACUGGCAAAUAUAAUUGAUACUUUCUUCUACAAUUACACGGUUAGUAGCAGCAGCAGCAGUACCACUUUCCUGUUUGUUUGGAAUUAGAAGUUGUAAUUUAGAAUAGGAGGGAUUGCUGGUCCGUGUGAUUUUCUUAUGAAUGACAAUUUUGA